AUCAAGCUCUCGCAUUUCUGGUUUUCGAAUAAGAAUGGCAGAAGCCUCAACCUUUCUCGCUGCCAAAAGGUAUCCUUCGCUUUCAUGGUUUUUUAUUUAUCUAUAUGUAUUAUUUGUCCUAUUAAUCUUUUACCUCCAUCAAAAAGAAAUCUACCUCUUAGGGUAGCAGUUGUAACAGGAGCAAACAAGGGAAUCGGUUUUGAACUAUGCAGGAACCUGGCUUCAAAAGGGAUCAUGGUUGUUUUGACUUCUAGAGAUGAGAAAAGGGGACUUGAAGCUUUUGCAAAAUUGAAAGAUUCUGGUUUGUCUCAUCAUUUAGUUUUCCAUCAACUUGAUGUGACAGUCCCUUCUAGCAUUGCUUCCCUUGUUGAUUAUGUCAAAUCUAAAUUUGGAAAACUUGAUGUCUUGGUUAAUAAUGCUGGAAUUUUUGGAGCUAUUCUACAUCAACAAGCUUUUGUCAAAGCUACUGAACUUGCUGGAUACUUUCCAAGUGAAGAGCAAGCCAGUGAGUAUGAGAUUGCAACUCAAACUUUUGAGUUGGCGGAAGAAUGCUUAGAAACCAACUACUAUGGUGCAAAAAGAAUGGUCGAAGCAUUUGUUCCCCUGCUUCACUUAUCUGAUUCCCCCAGGAUUGUCAAUGUUUCCUCCAUUAUGGGGUUAUUGAAGAAUAUACCCAGUCAAUGGGCCAAGGAAGUGUUGAGUGAUGCUGAAAGUGUUACAGAAGAGCAAGUGGAUGAAGUCCUAAAACAGUUUCUUAAAGAUUUUAAAGAGGGGUCACUAAAAGAUCAAGGUUGGCCCAUUUAUUUCUCAGCAUAUACACUCUCUAAAGCAGCAAUGAAUGCCUACACAAGGAUUGUAGCUAACAAGUACCCAAGUUUCCUUGUCAAUUCCAUUGGUCCUGGCUUUGUGAAAACUGAUAUAACUUGCAACACUGGGGUGUUAACUGCCGCUGAAGGUGCUGAAAAUGUUGCAAGGCUAGCACUGCUGCCAAAUGAUGGCCCUUCAGGUCAUUUUUUCCUUAGGAAGGAAGUCUCAUCUUUUUGAUCAAAGAUUUUACCAACAAGUGUGUCAUAAGAUUAACUUCUCAAUGUUGAGUGAUCUUGGAAUCAAUGAUUUAACUUCCACUGGCAAUGCAAAUUUCCCACGAUACUAUUUUCUUCUUGCGGUGCAAAGCAAGGUUUCACUUGAUAUAUUCAGUAAGAAUUGCCAAGCCGGUGCUGGCUCAUGUAUUUGUUUUA